AUGGAAGCGCAGGUGGAAGCCGACGCCGCGGCUGGACAUCAACCCGAAGAUGUUGAACAAGCUACGACACCGUUGGUGGUAUUGGCGUACAACAUUCCGGCGGAUUAUACGUUGUACAAUUUUCAAGACAUGAUUACUGCGAGGUACGGGGAUAUAGGGCAGCUAUCUAUCAUCGCACCGUUCCCCUGGCAGGAUCGCAACUGCUGCCCCUGGAAAAUCAUCUGCAAGGAUCGUGAGUCGUACGACAAGAUGUUGACAGUUCGCCACAUGUGGUUGAAGGACGAAACCGGUAAAGACAGCUCGGUGGCUAUAACAUUUGUCGCCGGCGACCUUGACGACAUACCAGACAUACCAUUCAAGGAGGAUGAGCAACUACUCAUGUCUGAGCACUGCAACGUCAAAUAG